ACAUAAAUAUGCAGAUACACACAUAUUAUAACAGUAGGUUAAAAAAUAGGCAGAUUUACCACAAACUGUAUCUAUGCAGGAAAUAAUAUUGGUAUACAUUCAAGGUUACUGGUCGGUGGUAUCUAUAUCUCGUUGAUCAGAAGACGUAUAUUUGUAUUUGUUUUAAUCUUAACAUAAACUGCCAUGAAUCUCCUGGUAUCUCAAAUUUGGGAUGGAUGAAGUUUAAUUUGUGGAGAUAUUGUCCAAGAGUAAAACAAUAAAUGUCUAUUUGGGGAAAGCUUUUAAUAUCAUGAUAUAUGUAUAAAAGGUUAUUUAGUGGGGAAUCCUUCCUGACAAAUGAGUCAAACCUUUGUGAUGACAAAAUACCAGUGUCAUGAUUCAUAAUGAUUGAGUUGUUUUUGCAUCUGUCGUCGUCAGAGCUGCAUAUAAUAAAUAGCAGAGCAGAGGGCGUAGAGAGAGCACCAUCCCUUAGGCCUGGAACUCAACACAUUAACAAUGUUUCCUCCUCACUUCCAGAUGUUGCUUUCUCUCUUCCCGCUGCUGCUGCUUUCAUUGCGGGUGGCCCGGAGUGAAGACGUACCCCCCGCCGUCCGGACCUUCACGUACACAGAUUCGGCCACCGAAGAGUCGUUGGAGUGCGAAAAGUGUCCCCCGGGAACCUACCUGCGCGCACGCUGCACAGCGACGCAGAACAGCUUGUGCGCGCCUUGUCCGUCGGGCUCGUUCACGGAGCUGUGGAAUUACAUCAGUAGGUGUUUACGAUGCAGCGCGUGUGGCUAUUACCAGGAGGUGAAGACCGCGUGCACCGCAGAACGUGACUGCCAGUGUCAGUGCAAACAGGGAUACUACUACCAGAGCCACAACGACAUGUGCUCCGGCCACAAAGAGUGUCCUUCCGGUCAAGAGGUGCUGACCAAAGGUACACCUGAUGAGGACACUGUUUGCCGCAAUUGUCCCUACGAGACCUACUCCGACACCUCCUCUGCUCUCCAGAACUGCACACAACACAAGAGCUGCGCUGCUCCAGGGCUGAAGCUGGUGCUGAAGGGCUCCGCCUGGCACGACAGCGUGUGCGCCAACUGCCAAGACCUCAAAUCAAAAGACGGGGGCGACUACCUCAAAGAGAUCCUCCCAGCUUUCUUCGUCCACCACAAUAUUCCCGGCAGGCGUCUGCGUCGUUUCGCACACAGGCUUCCGACUAAGGACAGCAAAAAACAAGCAGUUUCAGGACUUACCACCUCAGAACUUCAUUCGCUGAUCAACACUUGGGUCGCUUCUGCCACGGCAAGUCAGAUUCGACAGCUUCCGGCGAUAUUGAAAAAUGCAGGAGUGAACUCCGAUGAUCGACUAUUGAGUAAGCUGGAGAGAAUCGAUUCAAAUCUGAAUCAGAUACCGCAGUGUGCUAUAGACAUACAGGGACAUGUAAUUGUAAUAUAAGGUUAGAAAAACAAUUGAAUUGUGCUUAACAAAUAAUAUAAUAUAAAUAAUAAUGCAUUUGUUAUUUCAUCUAUUUUUACUUCCCUUUACAAUAUGCACUGUAAAUACAGGCUUUAUCAUUUUUUUAUUAUUUAAAGGGGAAUACCAUUCAAUUAAAAAAGUUUGCACACAUUUUGUGCAUUUCAUUUUUUUCUUUCUUAAAAUUACCAAACAAUCUAAUCUUGAAUCUGUCACCUAGUUUGAAAUGCCCUGCUGUCCUUUACUACAACUUAAAUAAAUUAUGAGAGUCAAUAUGUUAAGGACGACACUUCAUGUCAAGUCAGGUGAUUGAUAGGAAUUAUGUGAGAGAGAGAGAGAGAGAGAGAGAGAGAGAGAGAGAGAGAGAGAGAGAGAGAGA